AUGCCGCUGGCAGCAGGGCAACACGCCCCCGAGCAGCCGCUCGCCUACCACCAAGCGUGCCCGCUGUGCGCCAGCUUGGCGGGCUGCUUCCAGAACCUGAUGUGGUACUGUGUCGCCAUGGAGGCUGACCCAGAAGCGGUGCAGGCCACGUGGGGCCCGCCGAGGGGCGAGUUCUUGUUGUGGGCGCUGCGGGACGCGCCGGAUGUGGACGAGCUAGCUGCCAAGGUCGGAGGUUGGCUCUUGUCGGCCAAGAGGGGCCAGCAGCCAGACGCGCUGCUGGGGGCUCAAGUCCAGAGGCUGUCGGUGGAGGCAGCCAUGUCUGCGAUGCAGGACCUCGCUGAGGAAGGUUUCCGAUACGAGGUCACAGGACCGAGUUUGGAAGCGACCCGAGCCUCGGAGAUUCUGUGCCACGAGGGCGCAGCCGGGUGCGCACGCGAGCUCCGCCAGCAGCCGGCCGGGGAGGCUCUGGCCGCCGCGCCCCAGCAGGCGAUGGGCUGCAACGGGAGCAGCCACGCCGAGGCCCCGGCACAGCCGCACGCCCCCGCGCAGCAGAAGCCUGCGAGGCGCGACCCCGCCGCCACGGCCCGCCACCCUUCCUGA